GUACGCCUCUGUUCUACCGUUAUAUAUGCAUGAACCCACUCUCCAUCUUCACCAAAGCCGGUGGUGGGUCACUUGUGAACCAGGAUAUUUGCAUACCAUUUCUCCUUUCUUUCUUCCUUUCUUUUCUUCAAACACAGAGAGAUAUGGAGAUUGAUAAGGAAAUGAGACAAUCCAAAUUCAAGAGAAUUUGUGUGUUUUGUGGUAGUAGUCCUGGAAAGAAAAGUAGCUAUAAGGAUGCUGCUAUUGAGCUUGGAAAAGAAUUGGUAGCAAAAAAUAUUGAUCUGGUUUAUGGAGGAGGGAGUAUUGGUUUGAUGGGGUUGAUUUCUCAAGCUGUUUAUAAUGGUGGCCGCCAUGUGAUAGGAGUUAUCCCCAAGACACUCAUGCCUAGAGAGAUAACUGGUGAAACAGUAGGUGAAGUGAAGCCGGUUGCUGAUAUGCACCAAAGGAAAGCAGAGAUGGCUAGACAUUCUGAUGCAUUCAUUGCCUUACCUGGUGGCUAUGGGACCCUUGAGGAGCUUCUUGAAGUGAUAACUUGGGCCCAACUUGGUAUCCAUGACAAACCGGUGGGAUUGCUGAAUGUGGAUGGUUACUACAACUCUUUAUUGUCAUUUAUUGACAAAGCAGUAGAGGAAGGCUUCAUUAGUCCAAGUGCUCGACAUAUCACAGUGUCUGCCCCUAACCCAAAAGAGUUAGUCAAGAAAAUGGAGGAGUAUUUUCCAAGGCAUGAAAUAGUUGCCUCAAAGGUCAGUUGGGAGAAUGAACAAUUAGGAUACUCUGAAGAGAUUUGAGACAUUGAAAAGGAAGAGCCCAAAGAAAAUAGGCACUUUGGCAUUGAAAUGGGCUAUAAUUUUACAUGACCAAACGUUUUCAAAGUGGGUUUUUUUUAGCCCCUCUUUUUUUUUUUUUUAAAUUUUGAUGUAAACUAGAGAAAAUUGACCUUGAAAUUGGAAGCUUGACCAUUUUCUUUAGCAACAA